UUCGACAUCGUCCCUAGUUGGCGCGGUGCCCGCGGCUAGACGUGGACGGAAUUCCGAUAGACUCGGAUGGAGUCCAGGAGCCAUAGCUGGUCUAUGUUGGAGAGGAAUACCAUGUCGCUGGCGGUUUUAGUCCAACUCGUAGAAUCAUGGGAUCAUUGCGCAAUGAAAACAUGGCCCAGUUUGCCUGUGAGGCCAUCCACGCAAUCGAGUAUGCCUACGAAGCGAAGGAUAUUCAGUCCGCCCUUGGAGUCGCAGACGACCAAAUACAACACCCCCGUAACCCAGGACCAGCCGUCCAGUGUCUUUAACCCCCGCCAUACAUUUCAACAAGCUCACGAACAAGCGGUCGUAUCUGUUUGCAUCUCACUCAGUCCACGUGCCCGUGCCAUCACCGAAUUACCGAGAGAAACAUGCACGGACAAGCAAAAACACGGCGAGCUGCCAUUGCCGAUACCCGACCCUAACUGGGAGUGGAUGUACUCGCCAUUGGCACCGCACUUUUAAGUGUUUCGUAAAACAUGCGUUGGCGACGCAGGACACCGCGACGGCCAGGGCGACGGCACCCACCAUCCCUUCCACGUCAUUUUUGGGGGGAAAUCACCGGCGCCGCCUUCGUUCGUCGACUAAACUUGCACUUGGUGAGGAGCUUGUCCCCAGCUACUCCAGGAAAAGCUCCCCCACGGAAUGGAUCGUGGCGGCACGCUUGCGUACGUAUUCACUGGGGCAAUCGUAGGAAGCUUUCAUCCUUGGAUGGUGGAUCAAAGUGUUUAGGAGCCC